AAACAGUACUAUGGCCACCCCUUUUGAAAUAUUGAAGAGGAGGCACACGGUUCCACCAGAGUGCCUAAUCCAGUUGCUCAAACAGAUCAGAUCCCUCAAUGGGGAGGACGUGUCUCCGUUUAAUAGAUUUACUAAGGAUGCGUCUCUGGACCAGGCAAAGGAGGCGUAUAUGGAUAAGAAGUUCCUAGAGAUCGUACGGGAACCCAUAGCCUCUAUAUUGGAGAUGUCGGGGGUUGACGCAGGUGUGGACGGGAAAAAGCUGGCGUGCCACGUUGCUAUUCAGCUAGCGAAUAAAUCUGACGCUAGGGGUGAUGUAUUGCUGCCAGAAACAAGCACGUGUUCUGCGCCUGACGCCUCAAAUCAGCCGGGCAAGAGAAAGGCCACAGAAGAGGCUUCGGAGGUGGCGGAAGAGGUGAAGAAGCGUUUAAAGGAGGAAAAGGAGGUCAGAAACAAAGAAGCCGUGGAGACCCUUCUAACUAAGGUUAAACAUCUUUGUACACAGGCGAAGCCGAACAAUGCUAUGAUAAUAGCCACUUUGGAUGACCUCAAGGAGAGGUCAGAUAAGACUGGGCAUGCAGAUGCCCCUCUCUUCUCUGACCUCCUCUGGCAGGUGGAGAGGAACGCUGAGAGGUUGGACGUGCCGGAGCUUGUCCUGGCCGCUUUGAGCUCUGCAUCUGAUAAGGUAUUCAAUGCUGUACAAAAAUGCCUCAAAUCAAAACGUACUGCGCGCCAGGACAAGUCCGACAGCCAGCCUAAGGUUGAACAGCAAGUCCAGCCUUUCCAGCCUUUCUAUUCUCCACCUGGUUUUUACCAGGGGUUUGGGGGCUUCUCUAACCCAGGCUAUGGUGGUUAUGGGGGGUUCCAGAUCCAGUUUCAGGGUCGUGGAGGCCAAAGGAGACCUUACGGCUCGCGGGGCAGAGGUUCAGGCUCUGGAACUUGCCAUCUCUGCAAGAGCCCUUCUCAUUACCUGAAAGACUGUCCUAAAUUGGACUCUGUCCAGAAAGGAAUGUAA